AGACCUCGCGAUGCUCGCGCUCACGCUGUGGACUCUAGCGCUGCUGUGGAGCGCCGCGCGCGUCGACGCCAGGGCACCCGACGAGUUCUUCAGCGGGAGCGUUUACCGCGCGAGGUGCGCGUCGCGUUGCCUCAGCCUGCACAUCACGCGCAUUUCUGCCGCUUUCAAGCAUUUCCAGAGCAACGGAUCAUUGGUUUGGUGUCAGAAUCACAAGCAGUGCUCAAAGUGUCUGGAGCCUUGCAGGGCAUCAUGGGACCUGAAGGAGAACCAGUGUCAGGACUUGUGUGAGACUCAGUUCCCGAAGAAGCAUUACGAGUGUUUGACGAGCUGCGAGUUCCUGCGCUCCGUUCAGAUGCUGAAGCCGGGGGACUGUCCUGCGCCGGAGCGCGCGAGCGGAUUCGCAGCAGCUUGCGUGGAGAGCUGUGAAACAGACGCCGAGUGCACGGAGCUGAAGAGAUGCUGUCCGAACGGAUGCGGACACACCUGCCAGAUCCCCAAGAACCCCUAUAAAGGAUCUCCUCUGAAGCCGCGGAAGGAGCUGCUGUUUGUGGAGCAGCCAUCAGGACUGCUGGAGGUUCGCUGGUCGUCCCGCUUUAACGUCUCCGUGGAGCCGGUGCUUUACGUGCUGCAGCGACGCUGGAACUUCGGCAUCCAUCCCAGUGAAGAUGACGCUACGCCGUGGCAGGACGUCGCUCAGGUUGCUGAAGAGCGCGUGCUGCUGAGCGACGUCCGGCCGAGCAGGUGGUAUCAGUUCCGCGUGGCGGCGGUGAACGUUCAUGGCACCCGCGGCUUCACGGCUCCCAGCAAACACUUCCGCUCGUCCCGAGACCCGUCUCCUCCUCCCGCUCCGUCUGGACUGAGAGCGACUCGCAUCACGACGGGACCCGGCGGUCUGCUGACGGUCCGGAUCAGCUGGACUCUUCCCGCGGAGCCCGACGUUCCCGUCCAUCUCUACAAGAUCUACUGGAGCUGGACGGUCCCGGGGAAAUCAGCCAUGCUGUCCCGGAGGAGGAGUAGGAGGAGGAAGACCAGCGACGGGGCCAGAAGCUCGGUGGAUCUGGAAGGACUUCAGGCAAACAGCAGCUACAGUGUGGAGGUCCAGGCCGUCUCAUACUGGGGUCAGAUCCGACUGAAGAGCGCCAGAACCUCCGUUCAGUUCAACACACAACUCCACAACCAGACAAAGGCUGUAUCUAAGGCUCCUGAUCUGGGUUUGGUGUCGAUGAAGCGAGCCGCCGGCGCUCUGGAGGUUGGUACGCCGUAUUAUCAGGACAGAGAGCUGCAGGUCCACAUCUACUGGAAGAAGAGAGGAGAUGCUGUCGUGAACCGUUUUCAUGUUCAGUGGAUGCCUGAAUACUGCAGCCACAAUCAAACCGGAGCGCCGCAGAAAUCAGUGACUCAGGAGAACUUCAUCAAUCUGCCCGGUCUGCUGUUCUCCUGUAAGUACAGAGUCACUGUUCACACGCUCAACGCCAAACGACGCUCCAAAGAUGAGAGCAUCAGCUUCCUGACGCCGUCCUGCGCGACUCUCAGGAGCAAGAGCGUCAAACCCAUCGCCUGUCCCGGAGACACCACGCCGUCGAAGGUUUUGGCUAAGCCUGAGAAUCUGACAGCGACCUUCAGCUUCAACGACGGUAACGUGACAGCUGGUUUUCUCUGGAGGGUGUCGCGAGCGCAGCCGCUUCAGCCCGUCACGGGGUUCCAGGUCACAUGGGCGGAGGUUUCCAGCACGAGUCGUCCGAACAGCCUCCCCAACAGCAUCAUUUCCCAGUCUCAGAUCCUGCCACCUGAUCGUAACGUUCUGGUCGUGUCCAGCCUCAGGCCGGCCACCUUCUACAGGUUGGAGGUUCAGGUCAUCACCGCGGCGGGAGAAGGACCUGUGACAAAGAAGAUCUUCCAGACGCCCGACCGGCCGCCACUUCAGCAAAAAGCCCAUCUUCAUCAUCGGUAGAAGCAGCAUCAUAAGUCUUCAGCAGAGAAACACUGAAACGGUCAGAAGACGCAACACGACGUGCAGCUAAUCGCAGUUUUCGACAGAUGCGAUAUUCAGAUGUUAUGAUCUGAACGCCUCUCCCUCGUUCUCUCUCAAGCUCUAUGGUUUUUAUUGCAACAACUUUGAUUAAGAAAUCACCUCAAACUCUCGACAGCAACAUUUCAUGUGUGAAUUUACACCAUUUCAGAAGGGUGAGGUAAAGCAUUGCGAUUUGGUCAUACUGUAUGAAAUUGAAUUAUAUUUUAAUGGACGAAUGGGGUGAUUCAGCUGUGGAGACGCUGCAGUUAAUCUGUUUAUGUUAUCAAAGAAAAUUCAGCAUUAACUGAGAGCAAAGGCUGAUCUGAUGAUGCAUGUCAAACCUUCAGUUAUUCCGUCAUAAUUUGCUCGCUCUCAUGUCAUUGCAAAAUCAUAUGCUGUUCAUUUCUGAAGAAUCUUAAUGCAGCUCUUUUCCAUUCAACCAGAGCACAUCGUUCUUUCCUAAAAGCAUCGUAACACUAACUAGAUUGCAGAGAUCGUUGGUGCCAAUGUUUUUUGACGAUCUACUUAGGCUUAUGAUGCUUUAGGGAAAUGCUUAGCUCAUAACUCAAAACAACACGAGUGUGAUUAAAUAAUUUCAUUUUUUUGGGUGAACUCUUCCUUUGAU